GGAACACACACAAUUCGGAAUAUCUAUUAUUAAUUAUUUUUAAUUUAUUCAAAUUUACUGUUCAUUUCAAUUCUGAGUAAGUUCUGACCACAAAUGCAAUUCAUGGAGGAUUCCCUGCCUACCUUAAUUACCUGAAAUACUAAAAUAACUAAAUAAUUAAGUUAAGCAUAAUGUAAGCAUAAAUGAGUCUUGUUCAUUGUUAGUCUUUCUUCCUAUCAUGCCUAGAUCUUUCGAGGAUGUGUAUAAUUCAGUUUACAUAAAUGAAGAUAUUUGGCGCAGUGACCAUACAACAGGCAUAUGGAACAAUAAGACCUUCUGCCUUCUAGGCUUCAAUGACUCUCUUGAGAGUUGCAAGAAGUUGGUUAUCAAGAUUCUUGAAUCCCUUGUUACCAGAGGUGCCAACGUCCUCAAAUACCCUAACAAAAAGCUAGAUGUAAAGAGACUCAGCAUCACGUAUUACUUGUGCAACUACUCCGUGGGCUAUGAAUCAAAACCUCCAAACUCACUAGACUAUAAGCUUGUCACUCCCAUUUGGCUUUACAGCUGUAACAGAGAUAACAAGGUCUACUUGAAUGAAACACCUCCUUUUUUCAGAGCCAACAGGAGCUUUAAUUGCUUAAAAUUCAAAAGAACGGGUUUAAAAGUAUCUUUGUUUGGUAGUUUCAAGAAUAAACCGGAUUCAUCCACUGAGGAUACCUUAAAUUAUAUAAGGUAUAGCUUUGACACAUUGGUCAGGUUCAUAUCGCAUUGUGGGUUCACUUUCCUGGAACCCUCAAAUUUAAAGAAAGAAAAUUGUAAGAAAGAUAAUAAAUUAUAUUUACUCUUCUGUAAGACUUUUGACGAGAGUAUUGACGACCAUGUUGUAAACCUUUCAACUUCUAUACCAUGUUUGAGUAUCGAGUGGCUCUUCGACUCGUAUUUAUCAGGCGAGUUAAGGGAGAUUAAGAACUACCUCGUCACACCUCAAAAAUUCAAUGCUAAACCAGCACCUAAGAAACGUAAAAAUGUCAGGGGAGGGUAUGGAAACAAGGUUUUGUGUUUUUCAUACGGUUUUGCCGUUGAAAAUGAACUUAACAAGACUGAUUUUAAGGACUUUGGCUCAGUUGCAGCCUACGUUGUUAACCCUAUUUACGUCUUAGCUCCGUGGUCUCUUGAUACCAAGGAUAAUGAUCUCAAGAAAAUGUACAACAGCAUAUCUCUAGUGGAGGAUAACAAGUUGCUACUCUUCGUAUCAAGGUCUGAGAGUAGUCAUGAGGGGAUGGGUAUCUUCGGGGAGCUAUCAAUGCUGGUUGAGAACUGCGCUCCAAAACUGGGUAAAAACCUGGUUCGACAUGUUAAAAUCUACAACUCCUUUGACACCACCGAUGAACACUUUUUCGACAUCCCAUCUGAACUCCUGGCUGGAAACAAGCUGCAAAUAUUCGAAAGGAGUGGAAACGUAAACCUAUAUGACUUGGCUGAGAGCAUUACUUUUGUCGACAUCGAUAACUUAUCUCAGUACCAGGACGAGAUUGGUUCGGAGACAACUCAGGAACUACAUGACAUGAUUGAAGAGUUUUCCAACGGCUUGAAGGAGUCUGAGCUGCGAUGGAGACAAAUUUCUCGCCUAGAAUGAAGAGUUUAGGUGUUCGGAGAGAGCGAAUUGUAGGUUGGCGAGGUUUGCCAAGUAGGCGAUCUGAACAAAUAUAAAUUAUAAAACUUUAAAAUUACCAUGAGGUUAUCCUGGAGUGAAAGCUCGCAUAUUUUCUCUAUCUUUUUCAGGUUCAUCAGCUUCUCCGUUGAGACUGUCUUCAACAAAAACCUUCCAACUUCCGGGUAUAUCUUAGAAUUACCCUUUUCCUGCAAUUAAUUUAUUCACCCCUCAAAUCGUGUCUUUUGUAAUUAUUACUUACCAUUGCGUUUUCAACUAAUUUUAUACACUUGUCAAUAA